CUACUAAGUGUCCCAUAAGGGUUUUAUUAUUAAGAUAUACUUGUUUACGACUGGGUAUGCAUGAUAAUGUCACACCUGUUCAAUAACAUUUGCUAGGUAUUCGUGCGUGAAAUGAAGUGAUCAGUUUAACAGUGCGAGGGCACCAUGAGCUCGUGUGCGUUGUCUGUAUCGUCAUCUGUGAAGCAGGUUUGGGUUGCGGUGGGCGUGCUGAGCAGCGUAGUGGCGCAGGGCGUGGUGGUGGGCUAUAGCUCACCGCUGCUGGCGGAGCUGCGCGCACGCGGCGGCUUCCAGCUCGACCUGCACCGGGCCUCGCUCUUGUCGUCAAUACUGGGUCCUGCUGUCCUCGUAGGGCAAAUCACUUCAGGCGUCCUGAUGGACGUUAUUGGACGCCGGAGCACUUUCCUCGUAGCCCAAAUCCCAGGCGUCGUGGGAUGGCUCCUGAUAUAUUUCUGCCAGAGUUACUCAGUUCUGCUGACGGGAAGGCUCUUCACAGGUGUGAGCACAGGGCUGGUUUCCAUGUUAUCUGUAGUCGUGCUCGGGGAAUACACAGAUCCGAAACAAAGAGGAGUUUAUCUGAGUCUUAAAAUGGCUUGUUUUAACUUGGGCUUUACAAUAAGCCAUAAUGUUUUGGGCCUGCUGUACUGGCGGACGAUCGCUUUGGUAGCGGUGGUGCCAUACGUGGUGACGGCCGUUGUCUUCUACACGAGCCCCGAAAGCCCAGCAUGGCUCGCUACCAAACAAAAAUAUGACAAAUGCAGAAACAACUUCUUUCUAAUACGAAGAAGAACGGGAAGGUCUAUCUGGGAAGUGGAGGAGAUGAUUGCCGCUCAAAAAGAACAACAAUCGCUCGUCAUCAAGAACUCGACAAUCUUUCAAAAGCUGAUGUGUUACUUCAAAAAAUUUACACAGAAAGACUUUCUUAAACCGUUAGUUCUUCUCGUUUUUUCUAUAGUUCAGUUGGAAGCCUGUGGCAGACAUUUCUUCUCCGCCUACGCCGCCAACAUCAUGAGUGACAUAACCGGACCUGGCGCCGACUACAAUAAGUACAUCGUGAUCAUAGACGUGCUGACCACAGUCGCCGCCUUCGCUGCGGUCCCCCUGAUGAGGGUCAUGAACAGGCGCACCCUCCUCUUUUCUUCAGGGGUCUCGUCGCUGCUGGCGCUUUUCCCCACAUGCAUAUUUCUUUAUUUAAUCUCAAAUGAAAGGCUUUCUCGUGACUAUCAAUUGGUGCCAAUAUCUUUGUUGAGCUUGUAUUUCUUUUUAGUAAAUAUCGGAUGUAGCGCCGUGACCAUGGCUGUGAAAGGAGAACUGUUCCCUGUUCGACACAGAGGAGCUGCGUUAGUCUCCGGAGCCUUUAUUUUGUUUAUUCUUUUAUCGAUUUCCUUCCAUUUUACCCUGUUUUCAUUGUUUUAUUUAAAUGUGUACGGAACAUUUGCAUUGUGCGGAGUAAUAAUGGCAUCGACAUUGGUCGGGAUGUAUGUCAUGCUACCUGAGACAAAGGACCGCACGCUGCAGGAGGUCGAGGACUACUUUCACAACGGCCGCUACGGCGUCACGCGUCUCGCCAGAGAGGACCAUUUGACUAUUAUUACACAAAAAGACGGUUAAAACGAUUUAUCUUUACAAAAAUGUGAAUAGGAAGUGUAGCAUUGUGGGUAUAUUUGCGACAAUUUUCAAUAAUUUUAUUGAAAAUAUAACUUUUUUAUUUAUUUAAA